AUGGUAAGCCUUGAAAGGUUCUUGAACGCUGGUAGAGAGAUAGCGUGGGCGCUCAAGGACCAUGACCACCACACCUUUGGUCAUGCAUCGUCCUAUGGCGGUGUGGACACGACUACCACACCUAAACCACAGCCCCGAUGUGAUGGUCGGAAUGGAAUGUUCCACGAUCCCUCAACCACCGCACGUCCAGCAACUGUACCCGGCUCCGACGUCUCUGUGCCUGAUUCUACACUGAACCUGUUUCAGUCUAUGGCGCUGGCGGAUGUGUUCCGCGAUCCCCCAACCACUGCACGUCCAGCGAUCAUACCCGGCUCUGACGUCUCUGUGCCCGAUUCUACACUGAACCUGUUUCAGGCCAGGGCGCUGGCGAGUCUUUCCGCAAUCCCCCCACCUCGGUAA